CAUAAAUUUCGCUGCAACGAAAUAAAAAAGCACAUUCAUAGACACUAGCCAAAGAAAACAGAUCCGAAAUUGGAGAAGUCUUUUCAAGAAGCGAAGAAUUUCAAGUAAGUGAAGAAAUUUUAGUUUUAAUUUCCAGUCAAGUCAGAUAAUUUUAAAUCAUAAAUUCGUUACGUUACAGCAGCUUCUUUUUCCGUUUUAAGAUUUAAAGUUUUAUGGUUAAUUUGACACUUUCUUUUUUUAUUGAUAAAUAAAAUUCAUAAGUUUUAUGAACAUUUCCUUUUGACUCAGUUUUAAAAAAAGAUGGCAAUACUUUAUUAGCUUAGCAUCUCGUGAAGAUUACUAAACUACAUGUUUUUUGAGAAACUCGGAUAACAUUGGAUAACGAGAUCGCAAAAAUGCGGUAGUUGCAAUUUGAUAUAUCUGUAACUCUCACGACGUUACCACGUCAAAAAUUUUAUUCAAGAUCGGUUGUGUUUUAUAACCAAACUGAGUUCGUGACUAGCAUGGUUUUUAACUCUGCCAACAAUAGAAAUUUUUUCUGAAUGUUAAACUUCUAGAUAAUCACACCAAACAAGAAUCGGUCCAGAAAACUGAUGGAAAUUGUAAUAUUAUCAAUACUCACCUAUCAGUAUUUUCCUAUCGUCACAAAUUCGUGUCAUUUUACGCUUAAUUUCCAACUUUCCUAUCAUCAGUCUUAAGUACACGAAAAUUACAUUCACGAAUUCCAAGAAAAGCUUUGUUGAAAAACAUUCUCCAAUAUCUGGCCAAAAAACAUCAUGUUCACAUUAGUUUAACAAUUUAAUACCUGGCCAAAGAAAAAUAUGUUAACAUUUUUGUAACAAUUAUAUCAAACCCUUCUCAGUUGAAAUAGGUUUGGGUAUCAGGAAGUCUUGCACUUUUACAGUAUAAAGGCAUCUUUUCUUGUAGAACUUCGAAGUAUAUAAUAAGCGACAGCGUUCACAUCAACCUUUUCUACAAAUAUAUUGUUUUUGCAAACUGUCUGCCGCUGCUCUCUGCAGGAAAUGCGAUUUUGAAAGCGACAUUUUCCGGGGAAUUGUAUAGUAUCCAACCCGAAAUUCUUACGAACCGUUUAACUCAUGUGCCUGUGCUGAAACUGUCAUGCAACGAUGAUCGUUGCGUAACGAUGUAAGGCACGUGCAUGUGCCAGACUGAUGCGUACUAUAUCAACUCACGUGCCGUCUCAGUACGCGACUUUCAUCUAGUGUAUGUGAGACUUUAAGUUGAAAACUCCUCUACCGAAUACUCUUUUGCUUUUUUAUUCAGGUAAACUGGGUUUUUUUUUUUCUUAUCCAAAUGGAAAGAGUACAACAUCGAUCGUAUGUCAUAAAUUGCGCGAUGAAACUGCUCCAAAAACCAGGACAGUGUCGCAGCUGAACAUGCGCAGCUCAGUGAAUUCAUUUUCGAAAGAUUUCCAUCAAAACGACCAACACUUCCUGGAUUUAGAAGUCUCCUUAAUUACUAUUCGAAACAAAAUCUCCCUUUCUUUGAUCUUUGUAGCAAAAUAACCUCGACCCCUUAAAGCUGUUCAUUUAAUAUCGUGAUAAAUAGCUGUUUAUAUCAAGAACAAUAUUGUUAUACUUUAGAGCCAAAUCUUGAGUAAUUUGUUUCUCAUAUGUUGAUUAGUCUAAUCGGAUCAUAUCUAAUUUCAGACCAGUUAUAGCGAUGUAUCUUCUGUGGCUAAUUUCUAUGAUUGGCGCUGUCGCGUGUCAAGGUGAGUUUUCUGCAAUAGUUUUUUUACCAAUUUUUAACUCUGAUAUGAUAUUUCCUUUAACAAGAUCUGUUCUGAUGUGUUUCACGGCAUUAUUUUAGAGUGUAGGGCCAACAUAUGUGUAUUCUUUUUGCCAGAUUUGUCCGAUUCAACUGUCUAAAAAAAUAAUACGUCGACUGAAAACAAUCAAGAAAACUCUAAAACUCAUUAUUACUUGGAAAACUAUAAAUAUCGCUGCUAUUUAGUUUAUAGUGAUAAACGCUUUAUACUGGGCUGCAUUUUCACAAAUAGUCAGCAUGAAAAUGUGACGACCAAAUACUGAAGGUGAAUCAAUAUUAACAAUGAUUUUAAGUGGUCUUGAGAAAUAUGGAGUUUAUCAACUAAUGCAUCAGGGGAUAACUACUAAUCAAAUUCUUUCUACUUCCCAAUUAGAUUAUGCCUACUUGUCUGAUCAAAAAGGUAAGGUUACAUGGAACCAUUAACAUCAUUUGUAUAGACUAUGAACAGAAGAUUAUAUGUGGAAAAAUUGCAAUAUCAUUUAUCCAACUAUAAAACCAGGCUUUCGUGUCUCGAAAUUGAAAACAUCAAGUGACCAAAUCAUAGAUAGACUUUUUUCACUUCUGUCCGAUGUCGUAAAUAAACCAUAGCCAAUCACAUAGCUCGUUAUAAAACAAAUGUAAACAAGGGACUAUUUUCUCUUCUCAGUCCAUUCGUAUAUUUUGAAUACCCGCUGACUGCUAGUGUUUCUUUCCAUCAGCUCCAGGCCCAGCAAACUGGUCCCAAGUCUUCCCACAAUGCGCCGGGCAACUUCAGUCACCUGUCAACAUUGAGACAAAGAAAGUGAAGAAGAAAAGCUAUCCUGAUCUCGAAAUCAGUUUUGACAACCCAUGUGGCCGAGUAACUGGAAAGCUGCUUAAUGGCGGCCAUUCUCCUGUUUUCAACAUCGACAGCUCAAAGGGGGGCGCUAAACUUAGUGGCGGUCCUUUAGAGUGUGACGAGUACGCUCUUCAACAAUUCCAUUUUCAUUUUGGAUGCGAAAACAAUCGCGGAUCAGAGCACUUGAUUGACAACCAGACUUUUCCAGCUCAGGUGUGUAGUAGUUCUUGUAAUCAGAGGAAAAAUAAAAUUACCAAGUGUCCCUAUGAAUAACUCUCAAGAAGUGCACCAGAAAAAAUCGUUUAAAAUCGAUCUUAAAACUUUAUCAGCAGUCACAGAAUUCUUUAAUUGUUUAAACUGCCUUCACCGUGAGAAAGUCUCACCUUAAAAGUCUCAACAAUAGUUUAGAUUACUCUAGUUUAUUUCAGGCAUCAACACAAUUUUUAUUCUGUCUUUUUCACGUUUUACCAAUACUGCUAACUAAUGCUUCUUUAUCUGUUUUUCUUCAGCUUCAUUUGGUUUUCUAUAACAAAAAGUACAACUCCUUCAAGGACGCAGUGGAUAAACCGGACGGUUUAGCAGUUUUGGGAAUCCUUCUCACGGUAUGAACUCAUAAGAGUUUCCAACAACUUAUACUUGUCUAAUGAUUUGGACUUUUGCAUGUUGAUAAGUUAAACUAAACACUGGAUAAGUUCUACAAACAGCUUGAAAAUGCUUUUUUUGUGUAUUGUUUUGCAGGCCGCCUGCCCAGGAAACAGGGUUCUAGGAAAUUUAGCCAAUAAACUGAAAAAAGUGAUUGACGAAGGUAAAUCGGGAACUUUGAUCGAAGAAAACAUUUAAUCAUGGAGUGCAAUUAGUUUAAAGUUUUAAAACAGACUUUCUGAAAUAAGGCUCAUUUGAGAUUUACCUUUUGUUUGAAGUUUUUUCUAUAUUUGCAGUCUCUUAAGCAAUUCUAAGACCACAGGCCCUUUUUACUGAGAUUGCAAUGAUUCGCCUGUGCAUCACUUUAUCACAAUAAUUAGAUGAAUACUAUCAUCGCCUUAGUUUCCAGUUUAAACUCUUCUCUGUGUUCCAUUGACGUCUCUUUAUCGUCUUGAUCAUUUCAAGGUGCCAGCACCAAUGUAACCGCUGCGGAUGGCAUUAAACUGAAUUACCUCAUGCCCUACAAUAACAAACAAGUCGACGAGGAUGAAGAUGAAGACGAAACCGAUGAUAAUGACGUCGCUAACAGCAAAGAAGAUGACGAUGAAGAAAGCGAAAAGAAAAUACGUUACUACACCUAUAAAGGCUCCCUUACCACCCCUCCCUGCUAUGAAUCUGUCACCUGGAUCGUUUUCAAGGACAAAGUCAAAAUUUCUAACACUCAGGUUAGUUGCAGGAAGUGUAAACGAAAAAAAAAAACAGAUAUAAUUGGCAAGAUGACUAAGAAAUGGAAAAAAGAACAAAACUAUGCUUAGUUACAGAAAAACGGCUGGGUUGCAAGUAGACUAAUUUAAAAGAGUGGCGUCCAUACUCGAUUUUUAAAAACAAUAUAAGAUGGGAAAAGUGCCAUAUAUAAUUUCUUAUCAUUCCUUGUAGUGGUUUCUGGAGCUGACUCAUUUCUGCUUUAUUUAAUUUGAUGGAUUCCAACCAACCACGAGUUUUAUGCAAGUAACCGUGACUGGUUUCAACUGUUUAAUCAACUUUUGUCUUUUACGAGCCAAACCCAAGAGUUCCUCUACAUUUUCAUGUCGGCCAAAGACACAAAAGUCAACCAUUUGCUUUUUGGUUUGUAGUCCAAGCCGUCAAAAAAAAAAACUGUAGAGAAGGAAAUUGUUGUACUAUUUCUGUUCGACAAAGGUCAAAGCGAAAAUAUUUUUUCUUCUUUCCUCAGCUCAACAAGUUCAGGAAACUGAAGGCUCAGCACGGUGGUGCCCCUGGUUUGAUGUGUGACAACAUUCGACCGGUACAACCGCUGUACAAACGCAAGGUGUAUUCUGUCGUCUCAAGCAGGGACUAAACACCCACAGCAGCUCAGUAACACUUGUAGUGGCCCUGAUUGUUCGAAGGGUAGAUAAUGCUAUCUAAUGGAUAAAUCUCUAUCAGUGGAUAGCAAAUUAAAAUUACGUUUUGUUAACCUCUACCCGCUGGAGAGCAUUAUUUAGUUCCUUCGAACAACCGACGGCAGGUCUUGCUUCGAAAAGGAGAUUAUUGAAUAACAAUAGUUUAUUAUCUUAGAAAAAUGUGUAAAUAUUGUUGUAACUGAUUUUAAAAUAUUUC